CAUCGCUUCACUCUAUCCUGUCAGUGCCCGAGGUAAAAGUUCGCGACAUCGUUCGGCGAUUGUGGUGUCGAAUUUUUACAUUUUUUCGCUGGAAAAUAAUGCCCAACUAGUGCAAUCAGUGCAGGAAACCGUACCGGAACAACGAUGGCACAGUUAUUGCGUGGAAAAGCCAGCAUUGACCCGCGGUUCAAACACAUCCGACCAACAGUGUACGCUCUGAGUCGUGUGAACUUCUCCGGAUUUACGUACAAUGGAAACGGUAGCGGCCGGAGUUCCGGGGGCAGCCAGCGCCGUCAGAAUUUCUACUAUCAGGAGUUCCUGCGCGGACCUAAGUUCGGAGGCUACCAGUACUAUCAGUCUUCGCGGGGAUACGGAAUGCUGGUCGGUCGUGUCCUGCGAGGGGUGCUAAAGCUGCGCUAUCUGGUUCUCGGUGGAGCGAUAGGCGGUGGAGUGACAUUGAACAAGCGUUACGAAGAGUGGAAGGAUGGACUGCCGGACAUGAAGUGGCUCGAGGAGGUACUGCCCGAUAAUGACAAAUGGGGCCAGUUCACCAAAAGUUUGCUAGCCGUCAAGGACUCGGUCAAAGAUUCCAUCGAAAUCGAUCCACGUUUGAAACAGCUGAGUGAGAACAAGAUUAACGAGUGGCGCGAGUGGUUUGAUAAACGGUUGGAUAAUGCCAUUGAGGCGGCCGAAACGCAACAGAACCCUCAAAUUGAAAGUUCCUUCCAGAAUCUAUCUGAACUCAUAUCAGAUCUUUACGGAGCUACCAAAGAAGAACUUCGCAGCAAGAAUACUGUGAAUGCUAAGAGUCUGUCGGCGGAGGAAAGCCGAAGGCGUGUAGAUACACUCCAGUCGCAGGUCGAUGCGCUCCAAACGGAAAUCAUGAACGUGCAGCUUAAAUAUCAGCGGGAGAUCGAAAAGCUGGAGAAAGAGAACCGCGAUCUUCGGCAGCAAUACCUGAUCCUAAAGACUAACCGCAAGCAGCCGCAGAAGAAGCGCAUCAAAAAAUCGCUCAUUGACAUGUACUCAGAAGUGCUAGAUGAAUUGUCGGGAUAUGAUACCAGCUACAGCACAGCGGAUCAUCUACCACGAGUUGUGGUGGUUGGUGAUCAAAGCAGUGGCAAGACUUCGGUUUUGGAAGCUAUAGCACAAGCUCGGAUUUUCCCCCGAGGCAGUGGCGAAAUGAUGACUCGAGCACCAGUGAAGGUAACACUAUCGGAAGGCCCCUACCACGUGGCCCAAUUCCGUGACUCAGAUCGAGAAUACGAUCUCACCAGGGAAAGCGACCUGGCCGAUUUACGGCGUGAUGUGGAAAUUAGGAUGCGGAAUUCCGUGCGCGGUGGAAAAACCGUUAGUAUGGACGUGAUUUCGAUGACCGUGAAGGGGCCCGGAUUGCAGCGGAUGGUUCUGGUCGAUCUACCGGGUAUCAUUUCUACGCAGACGGUGGACAUGGCUGCCGACACCAAAGACUCGAUAAAGCACAUGACUGAGCACUACAUGAGCAAUCCCAAUGCGAUUAUUCUGUGCAUUCAGGAUGGUUCCGUGGACGCCGAGCGUAGUAAUGUGACGGAUUUGGUAUCGCAAUGCGAUCCGUUGGGCAAGCGGACGAUAUUCGUCCUGACCAAGGUCGACAUGGCCGAGGAUUUGGCUGAUCCGAAUCGAAUCAGGAAAAUCUUGUCCGGAAAGUUGUUCCCUAUGAAGGCUCUCGGUUACUUUGCCGUCGUUACCGGUCGCGGUCGAAAGGACGAUUCGAUCGAAACCAUCCGCGAGUACGAGGAGAAAUUCUUCAAAAACUCCAAAUUGUUCCAAAGUGGUGUCACGAUGUCGCACCAGGUCACAACGCGCAACCUCAGUCUCGCAGUGGCCGAUCGCUUCUGGAAAAUGGUUCGGGAAACUAUCGAACAACAGGCCGACGCAUUCAAAGCUACUCGUUUUAAUUUGGAAACGGAGUGGAAGAACAAUUUCCCGAGACUACGUGAAUCUGGCCGAGAUGAACUCUUUGAAAAAGCUAAAGGCGAAGUGCUGGACGAGGUGGUGAAUCUUUCACAGGUGUCUGCGAAAAAGUGGGAAGAAUUGCUCAACGAUAAGCUUUGGGAAAAGUUGUCGAACUAUGUGUUCGAGAACGUAUAUCUGCCAGCGGCACAGUCCGGUUCAACAAAUUCCUUCAACACUAUGGUGGACAUCAAGUUGCGCCAGUGGGCCGAACAAGCUCUACCCGCCAAGUCUGUAGAAGCCGGAUGGGAAGCCCUACAGAAAGAGUUCCAGCACCUGAUGGAGGUGGCUCGAAAAACGCCCGAUCACGAUGAUCUGUACGACAAUCUGAAGAGCGCAGUCAUCGAUGAAGCCAUUCGCCGCCACUCUUGGGAAGACAAAGCCAUUGAUAUGCUGCGAGUCAUUCAACUAAAUACUCUAGAAGACCGAAGCGUGCACGAUAAGAACGAGUGGGACCAGGCCGUGCGGUUCUUCGAGAGCUCUGUCAAGGAGAAGCUUCAGCACACAGAGCAAACAAUUAGUGAAAUGUUCGGACCGACAACGACUCAAAAGUGGCUCCAUUGGCGCUCGUCCACUGAAGAUCAGAACAAGCGGAAACACGUUAAAAGUGAACUCGACAAAAUUCUCGGUAGUGACUCAAAACAUUCGCCCACACUUAGCUACGACGAACUGACGACGGUGCGGAAAAACCUUCAACGUAACAACGUUGAAGUCGAGACGGACUAUAUCCGUGAAACCUGGUAUCCCAUCUAUAGAAGGCACUUCCUCAAGCAAGCCCUCAACCGAGCGUACGACUGCCGUAAAGCAUACUACCUUUACACCCAGCAGGGUUCCGAUUGCGAAAUAAACUGCAGCGAUGUGGUGCUGUUCUGGCGCAUCCAACAGGUGAUCAAAGUGACUGCCAAUGCCCUGCGGCAGCAGGUGAUCAAUCGAGAAGCCCGCCGGUUGGACAAAGAAAUCAAGGAAGUGUUGGACGAAUAUGGCGAAGACGACGAGAAGAAGCAACAGCUGCUAACUGGAAAGCGUGUCACGUUAGCAGAGGAACUUAUUCGAGUACGACAUAUUCAGGAGAAACUGGAAGAGUUUAUCAAUGCGCUUAACCAAGAAAAGUAAUCACGAGAGCCAAAUCGUAAAAAAUGCAUCUAGUCCAUCGCGGAGACGGAUACCGGAAUAAGAACGCACGCUGCUUUAGAAGCAUUCAUCCUACACAAACGAAAAAGAAGCGAAUCGUUUAUUAGGAAACAAAGUACCUUCCAAAGUACCCUUAGUUUCAUCGUGAGGAAAAAUUCUCUAAAACUACUUAAUUAGAUCACCUACAUCCAAAUGCAUCCCUAAUAAUGUUGUCCAUUACUGCUAGCAUGCGAUUCCAGCCUAAGCUAUUUAUCAUUAUUGUAGCUUCAAAUUGUUUUCGAAAUGUUCCUUCAAAAUGUAUUUGAUUUGAAUUGUAUCUUUUAUUUCCUUUUACUUCGAAUUGGUGCAGCAGCAUAGUCCUGUUAGACACGAAUCAGACUCCUUAUUAGAUCGUAACAUUUUGUCUUGUGAUUUAAGCUAGUGUAACGAGCGAGGUAUUUCAAACCGUUAGGCUGAAUUGGAAUAAAAUUUGCAUUGAAUCGAAAA